UAUGCUCAAGUGGAAAUGAUCCGAAAUCCAUCUUUACGGGACCUUCCUCUAGGCAUUCAACAGAAGUACAUCAUUGUGACUUCUAACUAUGUGGCCAGGCAGCACGGCGUGACGAAGCUAAUGUCUGUGUCAGACGCCAAAGAGAAAUGCCCUCAGCUGGUCCUGGUGAACGGAGAGGAUCUUACCUGUUACAGAGAGAUGUCUUACAAAGUCACAGACCUGCUGAUGUCACACUGCCCCCUGGUGGAGAGGCUGGGUUUUGACGAGAACUUCGUGGACGUCACAGAGUUGGUGGAGUCCAGACUGAAAGAGACUCCGCUCUCUGCUCUCUCUUUCGUUGGUCAUAUUUACAAUCAAGAGACCUCAGCGGUCAGUGCUAAGGAUUACCCCAGGCUUGCUAUAGGAUCUCACAUCGCAGCCGAACUCAGAGAUGCCGUCCACACCAAACUGGGACUGACCGGCUGCGCGGGCAUCGCCUCCAACAAACUACUGGCCAAACUGGUGUCCGGCGCCUUUAAACCCAACCAGCAGACCACCUUACUUCCCGAGUGCACCGUUACGCUGAUGCACAGCCUGAGUGGUCUACGCAGAGUCCCUGGUGUCGGGCCCAGGACGGCACAGCGGCUGCAGGCUCUCGGGCUCCACUCUGUGUCAGACCUGCAGCUCUUCCCCCUGGUGGACCUGGUGAAGGAGUUUGGGGAAGCUCAUGCCAAACGUAUCCAGAAUUUAGCGCGUGGGAUUGAUGUCUCUAUGGUUACCCCGACGGGCCCUCCUCAGUCACUCAGUGAUGAAGACUCAUUCAAGAAAAUGUCGACGAUGGCCGAGGUUUCACAGAAAAUCGAGGAGCUUUUGGCAAGUCUUAUAGACAGGAUGCAUAAAGACGGGAGACAGCCAAUGACGUUCAGAUUAACCAUCCGCCGACUCUCCACCGCCAACAAGUGGUUUAACCGCGAGAGUCGCCAGUGUCCCAUACCCUCUUUCCUCUCCCAGAAAAUCGCCUUAGGCAGCUCGGAUGUCCUGACUCACCUUGUCACAGUGGCUGUCAAGCUCUUUCACAAGUUGGUGGACACAAGUGAGGCCUUCCACUUGACCCUUAUCAACGUCUGCUUCUGUAACCUGCAGUCCAGGAGCGUCAGCCGAGGAUCCAUCGCCUCCUUCUUCUCCCACAAACCCCCGCAAAAACCCCAGAGUUCCUCGCGGCACACCGGACCGCCGUCGCCACGGCAACCGAUCAGUCCGACCCCCACGCAGUCACACGGGAGGCGCGGGGGAUCGGAUUACUCCGUCGAGGAGCGAACGGGUGCAAGUCGGUCUCCGAAAACGAGCGGUUUAGAGGAGGGAGCUUUUCCCAGACUACCCCCAGACGUGGAUCCGGAUGUUUUUAAGGUCUUGCCUCAACAUAUCCAAGAGGAACUCUUGUCAAACUUUCAAACGGAGCGGUCUGGAAUUCCGUCCGUCCUUACUACGGAUCUAGAAGACCAGACAGGGUUCAGUCAUAUCUUUCCAGAACCACUGAAACGUGCGAGUCAGUCAGUGAGGAGUGAAGAGAGAGGUGCUGUGUGCCGUGAGUAUGACGCAGGCUCGUCCAGAGAAGACGGUAACGAGUUCUCUGUCCCACAGGACCCUGUGGGAAUGAGAGUAGAACACGAUAACAGUAGUAAAAGCGUAACUUCCAACUCAGUAUCUGGAGCAGAUUUCCCACACAACGUGGAUCCGUGCGUUUUUUCCCAGCUGCCUGCAGACAUGCAGAGGGAACUGCUGAGCGAGUGGAGACAGCAGAAGCCGAUCUUUAAAAUGCCGUCUAGACCGUCGGGCACAGGCGGAGCCUCCAGAGACAAAAAGACCAAAGGCCCCCAGACCAACAACCUGCUCAAAUAUUUCAAGCCAAGCUGA